AUGUCUCUGAUCCUCAGGCAACGCCAGCUACCAGAUACCCCACCCUAUACUGCAUCAGACCCAUGCUCUCCUCCACAGAUCAAAGGUGCAUGCUGCCGAACUCUGAGGCCUAUAGCUGAGAGGACUCCAGCUACCUAUCUUCACUCUGCAGCUGCACCUGGGACAAUGUCUUCGCAACCACCACAGAACACAUCUGAAAUGAGCAACUUUGACCACAUUCACAGUGGCUUUCACAACUGCUACCCAAGCACCAGUCAUCCAGCGACUCCCCUGGACCAAUCCAUAUCCUCCCAUUUGGGGAUAAAUUGUUCUUACCAUCAGCAGCCUGUGUGCCACAGCCCUGGAGACUCCUUGCCACCAACCAAGAAGAGGAGGCAUACACAGGCGCUGGAGGAUUCCGGGGAUGGCCGAGUGUGGGCCCACCACUCUAGACCAAUGAUAAGUCGGAGUUAUGACAGUGAAGUACAAGACUAUGACAGUGAGAGUGCAAUGCGUGCGGACCAGUGCUCCCCUGCUCUGAAGUGGCAGCCAUACCAAAGUGGCCCCUGGCACAGCUUAUUGAACAGUCAUUAUGAAAAACUGCCUGACGUAGGCUAUCGAGUUGUCACCGACAAAGGAUUUAAUUUUUCACCAGCAGAUGAAGCUUUUGUUUGCCAAAAGAAGAACCAUUUUCAGAUAUCCAUCCACAUCCAAAUUUGGGGAAGUCCAAAAUUUGUCAAAACCCAAAUGGGCCUAAAGCCAAUAGAAAUGUUUUACUUGAAAGCUUUUGGAGUUAAGGUAGAAGCCACCAAUCAAAUAAUUGCCAUUGAACAGUCCCAAGCAGAUAGAAGCAAAAAGAUUUUCAAUCCUGUUAAAAUUGACCUACUGCCUGACCAGGUCACCAAAGUAACACUGGGAAGAUUACACUUCAGUGAAACCACAGCAAAUAACAUGAGAAAGAAGGGAAAGCCAAAUCCUGAUCAGAGAUACUUCAUGUUGGUAGUUGGACUAUAUGCUGCUAACCAAGACCAGUUCUAUCUGUUGUCUGCCCACAUCUCUGAAAGGAUCAUUGUACGGGCCUCUAACCCUGGGCAAUUUGAAAACGACAAUGAUGCAUUAUGGCAGCGAGGACAAGUUCCAGAAUCUGUUGUCUGUCGUGGCCGAGUAGGAAUAAACACAGAGACACCAGAUGAAGCCCUGGUUGUCUGUGGCAACAUGAAAGUGAUGGGGACAAUCAUGCAUCCGUCAGACAGCCGGGUGAAGCAGAAUAUCCAGGAGAUUGACACAAAUGAACAGCUGAGAAGAAUUGCCCAAAUGAGGAUUGUUGAAUAUGACUACAAACCUGAAUUUGCAUCUGCGAUGGGAAUAAACACUACCCAUCAAACAGGAAUGAUUGCCCAGGAGGUGCAAGAGAUCCUGCCCAGAGCUGUGAGAGAGGUUGGUGAUGUCACCUGUGAAAACGGACAAAAGUUGGAGAACUUCCUCAUGGUCGAUAAGGACCAGAUAUUUAUGGAAAAUGUAGGUGCAGUGAAGCAGCUCUGCAAACUCACCAACAACCUUGAAGAAAGAAUACAAGAAUUAGAAAUAUGGAACAGAAAGCUGGCCAGGCUCAAGCGGCUCAGUAGUUUGAAGUCCUCGGUCAGUGAAGCCAGCUCAAUCAGCAAAUUUAGCAGAGCUGCUAGUGUGUCUUCUCCAAGAAGAGCCACUCCCAAAAAACCCAACAAGGUUUAUUUUUCAGGAAAAAAACAGUCGUGUCCUAACUGGGUUUUCCAGACGUUGGUUAUAACUCUAAUUGCUGUGAUGGCAUUUUGUGCUUUGACAAUAGUCUCCCUUUACAUACUUAGCUUGAAAGAUCAAGAUCGACGUGCCCCAAAUGUCCUGCCAAGCAAUAUCACCAGUUCUCAGGAGCCAGCUCUGCCACCCACAACCUCCCCCUCAGCACCUGAUAUGUCCCUGGCAACCACACAGCCCUCCCUCCAAGUACCAGAAAUCACUUUUUGUGAGAUGUUACCAUGUGAAGAGACUUACUGCUGCCCCAUCUGGGGAAUCAGAAGAGUCUUUUCAAGUCCUGUGCAAAGACAAUCCGAGGAGAAGAAGGAACUCUAUCAGAGGCCAUGGGCAGAAGAAAGAAGGAAAACAUUCCUGGCAAGAAAGGCGCUAACCAGCCCUGACUGGGGGAGUGAUUGGAUUGAUACGACCAUCAGUUCUAUUCAGAUUAUGGAAAUCCAGCAAAGGCUAGAUCAUCGGUAUUGUAGUAGAAGGCUCCAGUGCGGGUCUGGAAAUUACAAUUACAAUAUUCCUGUUAAUAAGCACACACCCACCAAUGUCAAAUUCUCUCUGGAAAUCAACACAACGGAGCCAUUGAUAGUAUUCCAGUGCAAAGUCACCCUUGGAAAUAUAUGUUUCCAUAGUAAAAGGGAAGCCAAAGGAAUCCAGAGUCAUAGUGAAAUCUCCCAAGAGAUGACACAGGGAUAUCAGCACAUUUGGAGUCUCCCUGUAGCUCCUUUCUAUGACAGUGCAUACCAUUUUCGUGUAGCUGCACCGGAUUUAGCUGACUGUUCAACGGAUCCUUAUUUUGCUGGGAUAUUCUUUACAGAUUACUUCUUUUACUUUUAUCGAUACUGUUCCUAA